AUGAAUAACCGCCCUCCAGGUGAUAGGCCGGACUAUGGCUAUUACCCGCCUAUACAACCUUCCCCAAGUAGUACACCAUACUAUUCUUCAAGUUCUGCAGCUCUCGAGCGCCCACGUCUAUCACACACAGGUACUACAUCGGCUAUGAUCCAGCAGCAGCAAGCUGCAUAUCAAGGGGUUCUUCCCGACCAUUCAAUCAUAGCACCAAACCCCAGAUCUUAUCCUCCCUCGUCUCCCGCACUUCGGGAUAAUUCGGCAUCGCACCCCUCAUCAAGUAAUGGAUCGCCAUAUGAGAAUCAUAUCUGCCAAAGCGCUCCACUUCACCGCAUGUCCCAUCGUGCAAGCCACGAACCGCAGCAUCCUGCUGAUAAUCGAAGGGAGCCAUCUGACCCAUACCAUCGAACGCGUUUCCAUACAUCGCCAAGUAUGGAGUAUCACCAACAAAGUAGUUGGAUCCAAGGAACCCAACCAUCCAACGGCUACACAGAACUCUAUCCAACCCAGUCAAACAAUGGACCGCAAUAUUCUGGACAAUCAAUGGCUACCUCUCAGCAUGGCAGAUCCCCCCCAACUGCCUACGAUGCACCUCCUCCCUAUGAUUAUCAUGAUCGUAGAGGUUAUACGCAAGAGCCACGUCCUUCUCCGCAGCCAUUGGCCUUCAGACAGAGCGCUCCUAGACAAAGGACCGCAAUUGCAUGCAAAUACUGCAGAAGACGUAAGAUUCGGUGCACGGGUUUCAAUGCAGACGGUUCCUCAGGAAAAUGUAGUAACUGUAUUCGCUUCAGACAGGAUUGCAUUUUUACUCCUGUAUCUUCAGCGCAGGCAUUUGUACCACUUCAGGCCCUUUACGCAGCGAAAGGUGGAGCUGUUGGCCCGGAUCAACAGGUUUAUGGUGCUCAUGGUCAACCCAUGCCAAGGGAAUUUUUGGAGCGAUCCCCUCCUACAUCGAAUGAGAUGUUUGCCCUACCACAAUCAACGUUCAACCCGUCCAUACCACAGUCUCCUCAACGGAUGUCUCGACCACAUCAUCCACUUCAUUUGGCUCCUUUAAACAGAUCGCCACCUAAUCAGGAUGCCACUACCUUGCCCUCUCCAACGGACUCAUUGGGUUCUCAGAAACGUAAGCGCGAAGCAGAUGAGCAACACUAUCCCAGAUUACCACCAUCUUUUCCAGACCAAUUCGCCGAACGCCAACGAGAAGUAAACAUUCCAUCACUCUCGACAGCCCUUCGAAGUGAAGAAUAUCGUUCCUCAUUUUCGCCACCAGCUCUCCGCCAACAUUUUGGAUAUCAGCAAGGAGAAAACACCAUGGUACACCGACCCGCGGAAGAAAGCCGACAAUUGCCCGCUUUAUACCCAUAUGAAGGACAACGAAACUCUCUUUCCCCAAAUGGUUCAGCUUCAUCAUUUCAAUCCCAGAACCCAUAUGGUCAUUAUCCAUCCAUGCAAUUAUCCCCUCACCGAUCCGAGCCCUCUCAAUUGCACCAAGGGCCUCCUCUUCGAACAAGCAUUAGUCCUAGAUCCUCGCAUCCAAUGGCAAUAUCAAAUGUCAUAGCACAAGACAAUGAAGAAUCUAGGGAACGGCAAAGAAACAUUGACCAUACUAUGCUGGAAAGGAUGACACGUUCAGGAGGGACACUCAAGAAGCCUUAA